CAUCUGGAGAUUAGAUUGAUAAACAUGUAACAUGUAAACACUGUGAUAAGUGAUAAGUUCCAAGUGAUAGUAUCCUGUUCCUGCACGUUAAUUUGCCAUCGUGGAUGAUUCUGUUCUUCUGAGCAAUUGAUACUAUCCCAAACAAGUCAUGGCGGAUAUCAGUGCAAAACCUGUGAAUGAAGAGGAUUUACAGAGUCUGAAGGAUCGGAUGAAAGUGAUUUCUGAAGCAGACCCAAGUCAAUAUCACAAUGAUUUUUCCCUGAGACGAUACUUGCGUGCAUUUAAAACUGUUGAUGCAGCCUUCCAGCAAAUUUUGAAGACGAACAAGUGGAGGGCAGAGUACAAAGUUACAGAACUUACGGAGGAGCAUCCGGUGAUCAAAGAUUAUUUGACAAAGAAUAAAGUCAAGGUUCUGAAGCACAGAGACAUGCAGGGUCGCCCUGUUAUAUACAUUCCUGCUAAGAAUCAUAGUGCCAAUGACAGAGAUAUCGAUGAGUUAACUCAGUAUAUUGUUUAUUGUUUGGAGGAAGCUUGCAAGAAAUGUUUUGAAGAAAUCGUUGAUAACUUGUGCAUUGUAUUUGACCUCAAGGACUUCGGUUUAAGUUGCAUGGAUUAUCAAGUUGUGAAAAAUUUGAUUUGGUUGCUGAGUCGACAUUACCCCGAGCGUUUGGGGGUUUGCCUUGUCAUCAAUGCACCCAUGUUGUUCACUGGUUGUUGGGCAGUUAUCAAAGGCUGGCUGGACGAAAACACAACCAGUAAAGUAACGUUCGUUUAUAGUGAUGAAGAGCUGUGCAAGUAUUUGAUUCCAGACAUUCUACCAGAUGGAAUUUAGAUAAGCAGUCUCGUAACGGGAUAAUAACCUUAAAGGUACUAUAGUGAUUUGCACGUAAUCAAUCAUUUUGGAACAAAUUCCAAAUUCACUCUGUUUUUAUGUUUGUCUAACAAAUUUUAAUUUUUAUUCAAUGUUGUUCUCGUACUUUAUCUCCGUAUUCCAAAAUUGCCUAACUUCCAAAGUUGACAAUUGUUAAUUUAAGUUCUGGCUCUUGUAAAUUUGUAUUCUUACUGGCAUACCUGAGUGCACUGUACCUGCCAUACUAAUGUGCUACAUACAUAUUAUAGUGUCUUUUAGGUAGGUAGUCUGAUUAUUCAAUAUUUGUACCUCUUUAAUAAUGUCAAUUAAUUUAAAUUGUUCAUUCGAGAUUUCUCUGAACAUUUUUGUUCUUUUUAUCAGUAUUCUUUAAAACUGUACUACAGUUGAAAAUCACAAUACUAUAAUAAGGGGGCACAGCAUACUCCUGAAAUCAAGUUUUUUUUUAAGUUUUUCCUCAUACCUCACAGGAAAAGUUUUAGUACUGACUUUGGCAGACUUAAAAAUACAAAACUGUUUGAAUUGCAUGCCCCAGAAGGAAACCAUCUCGAUUACAUCGUUUUAAAAAUCGUGCAACUUCGUCUUUGCUUUAAAAAAUAUGAAAUACUUGUACAGUAGUAAGAUUUACACAAUUGCUUUCCCUUGAAAUUUUAAAUUUUUUUUGUGAAGAAGCAAGAGUUAAUUGCAGAUCCAGAAAAUUGUUCUUAUAAAGAUGAAAAUGCUUUUACAAAACUUUAAACACAGUGGUUCCUUUCUGCUAAAUGCGAUCCAAUCUACCUAGUGUUGAAAAAUUUUAAAUUGGGCAGUGAAUAACCAAAAUCAUACACCUUUGCCUGAAAUACAUUGCAACGAUAGAGUAAAUUAUUUCUCCAAUGAGAAUUGAAUUCCCUUCAUCACAAAUGUGUUAACCCAAAUAUGCUUCCAUAAGUCUUACCUCAAAUGAUUUAACGUUAUUUUCUUGAAAUAUCAUAAGGUAUGCAUGAGAGAUUUUUCUGUCAUAGGUUGAAACUCUCUCAAACAGUUUAAGGGUCCUCUUUUUUUCUAAUUCUUAUUUUAAGGAAAAGAACAGGCAAAAAGGACUUUUAAUGUCAUACAAAUGAAACUUAUCUCUGUUAUUUACAUGAACAAUCUUUCCUUUCUGAUGUUAUUGUUUCCAAUUACUUUUUCGUACGUAUUAGGUAAAUUGACUGUGAAACUGCAAGAAUGCAGUAUUGAUUGCGAUGUUUCAAAAUCUCAGCUCUUAUUUUAUUUCUUCAAAGGAUUUCUUCAAAUACUCCUCACAUUGAGAAGAAAAGUUACUGAGGUCCUCAAGAAAUGACGUUCAGUAGUUUUCUAUUCAGAAAAUAUAGGACAGACAUAUAUA